AUGGGGCAUUUCAAUAACGAAACUUUAGAGGUGCAGGAUCUCAGGAUAGAUAUGAUGACUAGUAUCCUUAUCCACGGGCUGAAAAAAGGAGUUUUUGCAUCUGCUUUAGCAAGGGACCCGCCAAUGGAUACAGAGCAGUUGAUGGCAUUGGCGCAGAAAUACAUUGAUGAAGAGGAGAUGAAUGCAAUGAAGGAUGAGGAAUGGAGGGUUACAUCAGAGCAGGCAAGAGAUGGAGGAUUUGGUAGAGAUCGAGAUGUGCGACCUAAAAGGGAGAAAGAAAAGGAACCACCUUACCAGUCGAAAUACAGUAAGUAUACCCCUUUAAAUAUGACUAGGGCCAAAGCUCUCAUGUUGGUGGAAAAAGAUAAUGUAUUGAUAUGGCCGAAGCAUACAAGGAUCACUCCAGCUAAAAGGUAUUCGAACAAAUACUGUCGGUUCCACAGAGAGAAAGGACACGAUACAGAGGAGUGCUAUCAGUUGAAAGAUGAAAUAGAGCGGUUGGUUCGACAAGGGUAUUUCAGGAGACAGAGUUUUCAUAAUUUUGAAGAAAAUAGACGUGAUCGAAGAGGUAGGUCGAGAAGCAGGGAUCACAGGUCAAAUUGGGCAACUGAACAAGAGAACCAGAAAGUAGGAGAAAAUGCACCUGUGAAAUGCAUCAUCCAUACUAUAGCAGGGGGAUCGGAGGGAUGGUCGAGAAGAGCUAGGAGGAGAUUCGAAAGAGAGAGUAGAUUGGAGCGACGCAAGCAAGUGGUAAAUAUGACGGGCAACCCCGAGAUCGUGUUUGGAGAUCGAGAUGCAGGUGCAAGGAUCGUAACAGAUAAUGAUCCGAUGGUGAUAAGGAUGGAUAUAGCAAAUUUCACGGUCCAUAAGGUUUUGAUAGACAAUGGGAGUUCAGCAGAUAUAAUUUUCAAAGAAGUGUUGAGUAAGAUGGGGCUUGAUAACAUAAGGGUGGAACCAGCAAGUACUCCGUUGGUCGGUUUUGGAGGAGGCGAGGUCGCUUCGCUGGGGACGGUGGAUUUACCUGCAUCCCUGGGAGAAGAGCCAAAGCGUAGAACGUUGAUGGUAAAAUUUUUAGUUGUUGAUAUGCCUUUUGCUUAUAACGUUAUCCUGGGGAGACCCGGGCUUAAUUCUUACAUGGCGGUAGUGUCAACAUACCACCUCAAGAUGAAGUUCCCUACUCAGUAUGGGAUAGGGGAGGUCGUGUGCGACCAGAUUGAAGCUAAGAGGUGUUAUAACUUAUCCCUGGGAAAGGGUGAGAAGAAGGAAAAGAAGAAACUUCAUGGAGCAAAGAAAGAAGAGUGGCAAACAUUGAAGACUGGGAGGUUAGAGCCCGUUGGACACAAAGAGGUGGAGUUGAUACAAGGAGAUCCGUCGAAGACCACCAAGAUAGGACCCAAUCUAGAGUAG